AUGGAACAGCCCUUCCGAUGCAAUAACCAGACUGGAGGGUACUGCAGGGCUGUUCUCACCGAGGAGGCCGUUGUCACAACCUGCUCACACAUAUUCUGCCUCGCCUGCUCGAAAAAGGUUGGCUUGUCCGACGCUCGUCUCGAUCAUCGAAUCUGUCCAGUUUGUUCAACGAGGUUGCCCAACACCGAUGACGCGGUUCAGACGUUGUUGAACCCAACUGAAGAAUACAAGACAAGCGUUCUCAGUGGAUUGGGUCCUACCUCCAUCAUCGAGUGUGCUGGAAGAGCCCUCGCAUUCUGGACCUAUCAGACUACGCAAGAGAUAUCCUAUCAACAGCAUGUCACCAAGAAUUUGACUGAGAGAUACACUCACCUCAGUACGGCGAUGGACAAAGUCAUCCACGACGCGAAUUCUGAGAUUCAGGGCCUGCAGAACAAAAUCGAAGGCCUCUCAGUUGAUCAUAAAACCCUGGAACAGAAGUAUGCGGAGGUAGUUGACCUAUAUCGCGAGAAAAACCGGAAGCAUGCACAAGCACAGAAACUGUAUGACACUCUGAAGCAAAAAUAUCAGGCCGGACAAAUGCAAUCUGCUGCGUCAGCCAACGUUGCUCAGGCCAUUGAGUCCAUUGACGCAGAACGGCGGCCAGAGUCCUUCAAUGUACUGCCUGACCCUCGUCCACGAUACACUGACACCACUGCUCCACACCUUGAGAGCAGACUGCCUCGACCCCCUUCCCUUCAUGGUUCCAUAGAACAGCUGCAUCCGCAUCAACGCUCUGGUAGCAGUGCUGUCGGGAGCACAGGGGCUGGGGAGCAUCGGCGUAUGCCGCCUCCAGAAAGACAACGAGCAUCAAGGAUUGCAAACCUUCAAACUUCCGAAACCCCUCUGCAUCGUGUUGCCUUACCUGGUACCACACGAUCGACAGCAAACCGAUCUUCUCAGAUUCCAACAGCAAGAGCCCGGACAAACCUAAUCCACAGUCAAGACAUACAGCCAUCUGUAGCACGCGGACACCUUCCCCAUUUACAAAAGCCAACCGCUAAUACACCUAAUCACGGUAACGGUGUGGUUCCUGGUUUGAGGGUUGGCCGAGCUGUAGGUACCACUCCUACGGCUUUCGGUGAUACCACCUCUAGAUUUGAGCAAUAUCGUGGUGCGUCAUUUCCAGUGUUCUCUCAAAUGUGGAAGACACCUCCUCGCUGA